AGAAACAGUGCGAGUGCACGCGUUCCGCGAGUCACUCCAACGGCGCUGCGACACAGUCUACGUGCAGCACACGUUCGUCGUUUGUUUUGUGUCGGCAUACUGCGUUCUACGUUGCUGCGGUUUUUCGCGGCGUGAAAUCGGUCAAUUUUCAUCCAUCGCCCGUCAGUGUCAGUUCGAUCGGUGUGGGGGUAUUAGAUCCUGGCAGUUUGGAGGACAUGAGUUUGUCCAUGCGGGUCCAAGCGUCUGGUGGUCGCGGAUGAUACAAUACAACCCCCGACGAGGAGAAUAUCCUAUUAUGUUCCGUGAAGGCAAAUAAGGUCCAGACUGGCAGCGACAGUGGAAAUCGGAGGCGACAAAAGUUGUCUCACGACCUACAUCUUCAACCCGGCCGAGACCUGCACGGGCGCCCCCACCCCCGAGAAGUCCCCCCUGAACACGUCCCUGUGCGACGGCGAGAAUGCCAAGCAGCGGGCCGCCCUGCAGGUCGAGCGCCACAUGCACCCGAAUUUUCUCUUCGGGAAAAUCAUCCAAGAGGGCCGACCCAAUUUUCUCGCAGACUACGAGCUGAGCUACAAAAACUGCAACUUCGACGUUGGCACGCACGGGAAAUGUUGCGUGGGCGGGCAUUUCGGCGAUGACCUGAGCUUCGGCCAUUUGUACACCAUCAGCAGUGUCUUGAACGGAUCAAGAAGUGACAAGGAGGAGCGGAUGUACGAUGAGCCAUGUACAGGGGAACUACCGAGGAGGUCUUGGUUGUGUUGUCCGGGAUCGCAAAAGAAAGAGGGAGAACAACCGGCUCUUUUUGAGGUUAAGAAAGAAGCGACUCCAUCUCCUCCAGAGGCAAUCACCAGAGAGCCAAGCCGUUCGUUUUGCUCUGGAACUUGUGAACGUCUUCAGCAACAAUUGGACGAGCAAGCCCAAAGGUACGAGGAGCAGUUAACCGAGUUACAUUCGGUGAUUGCUGAACUGACGCGGAAACUGCAUCAUCAGAGAACACUGGCAAUUGCCGAGGAAGAUGAAAUAUCUGAAUCCUGCACAAGCGUUCAUGACGAAUCCGUAACCUGUCCUUUGGAAGUGAGCGAAUUAGAACCUCUAGAGCCCGAUUCGUCUGAUCUAGACAACCGGAUACACUUAGCCGAGAGUCCAUCUGAACUCCCCGAGCCGAAACUGAACUCCUCCAAUAACGAGCAGAACGAAUCGUCGCCGUCGCCGGAUGUUGAGCCGUUCAAACAGGAAAUAAACCGCUUGAAAUGUCAACUUCAAGAUGCGCAUUACAAACUUGCCCAGUAUGCCAUCGCGAAAGAUGAGAUUAUGGAGGAGAUGACGAACGAGAGCAAAAACUUGGAUUCGCCGGAAUCUCAUAUCGAAGUAGACUGCAAGUCCUUCCAAGAAUCCUCUCCCAGGAUCGAUAUCAAAUAUAGCAAUAUUGUUCCCAUACAUAAAAAUAAACAGAACUCUACGACGCCCGUAUCUAAAGUAGCGGAACGAGUGAAAUUGAAGAGGAGUACAAAUGGAAACAAGGACCACAAUUCUGUCGAGGUUACGACCACUGAAUUAACUACUGCAGUAGCUGAACAUAUCGUUGGCGACAUACUCCGCCAUUGUGAUACGCAAAAUGAAAAAACGGCAGCCGAUAUAGAAUUGAGACAGCUCUACACGAAGUUAGAACAUGCUAGGGCACAGAAUAACGUUCUGGUACUUACGUUGUCAGAAACGAAAGCUCAUUGUGAUAGAUUGGUCUUGUUAUGUGGUAAAUAUGAGUCAAAUGCUGUUGCAUUACGUUUAGCGUUAGGAGUGACCGAUCGUGCCAUAGAAGCCUACGACGUACUGUUGGCUCUACUCGAGACUGAAUUAGCAUUAAAUGAAGGGAACACAGAAUCCAUACAGAAUAGGAGCGCUGCAGAAACUGUUGCUAAACAACUUCUCACUUACCUCGACUCUUAUGAGAUAUCAUCCGAUAUGUUGCUUUCGCCUUGGCAAAAUCAUGUUUAUAAUGGUUCUAAGAUUGAUGAUAAUGAAGAAUGGACUACCGAACACGAAACUAGACUCAGAGAGCAUGUUUCUCGACUAAAAGCAGAAAGGAGUAAUAUUCAAGGAACUUGUGUGUCUCUUGAAUCAACUUACGUAGAAAACGUACAUGUGAAACCUAUGAAUAAUCAGGAAUCUAGAAAAAUGGACCUUGAGAUGGCAGUGUUAUUACAGGAAUUAAUGAGUCUUAGGGAGGAGAAAUCUGAGCUGGUAUCAAAGAUUUUUGCUUUGGAAAAAGAUAAGAGUGCCAUGCAACUUAAACUUAAAUAUGUAGAAGGACAACAGAGGGCUCAAUCGGCUACAUUGAAAAAUCUACAAGGACAGUUGAAAGAUACAGAAGCACUUUUAGCUUUAGCAUCACAAAAUCGGGAUCGUGGAUAUUCUGAUGCAGAACAUGCGCAAGGAGUAGAGUUGGAGCUGAUGCAAGCGCUUGCGAGAGAAGCUAGACUUAAAGUGAGACUGCAGGAAUUGGUCUCAACCUUGGAGCAGGUCACAAAAAAUGCUGAAGCAAGAUUGUUGGAAGGAAGGGAAAUAGUACAUGACCUUAAUCAAACAAAUAGUGUAUUAGCUGAAACAGUAGAUAGAAAUAACAAGAGAUAUCAAGCCAAAUUCAAGAAGAUGGAACAACAAAUGCUUACUUUAGUUGAAAAGCAUUCAGCACAGGUUAAUACCUUACAACAGCGAAUAGCAUCUAUGGAAACGCCACCGACAAAUAGUUCAGAUAACUCUUUGGCAUCUUUAGCUGUAUAACUAUAAACAUAAGGCAUUAUUAUAUAGAAUAAAUUGAAUUAAUGAUCUCAUUGAAUUGUUUGUGGAGUUGCACUUGAUUGAGCCUGGAGUUGUGUUGUUUUGGUAAUUUGUAAUUGGUGAAAUAUUGCUGAAACUACAGAUGAGAGUUCCUAUCACUCAUUAAUGAAUGCACGAAAUAUAUAUUUUUAUGUACUCAACAAACGCAUAGUUUCAGUAAAAGUAAAUCAUUUUCCAUUAGAAAAAUUCUGAAGUUGUAUAUUCUAAAUUUUCUCUUCAUCCAAAAAAUACUCUCUCUCUAGUUUUCAAACUCUUAUAUUUCACUUGAAAAGCGCAAGUAAGCCUUGGAAUUGGAUUAAGGAUAUUCACUAUGUUUUGCCACGCUGUGAUUAACGACUACCUUGAUGCAUUGGUAUUUGAAAGAUGAGAUAUUUUACUGUAAUCGUGACUUCUAGAUGUUUUCAAAAAUCCAGACACAAAUCAAACCUUUUAAACAUCCUAUAACUCAUUUCUUCAUGAAUUUGGUUUUUGUUGAUGCUAAUACCAAUUCUUCAUCAUUUGAUGUUUAUCACUUUUAAUGAACUCAUUGAUUUCCUGAACUUUUAUAUUAUCAAAUCGAAUUGUUUCAACUACAUAUUAUAGAUCUUUUUGUAAUUUCCUUUUCAGGAUUCAUACAUAGGAAUUAAAAAAGCAUUUGUUAUGUAAAGAUAUUCCCAUUAUUUUUAUAUUUAUUUUGAUUUUAUGAACAAUGAGUGUUGUAUAACAAAAUGUUAUUAUUUAACAUUCAAAUAUAUAUGUAGAAAAUUA